AUGGAGGAGAAAUCCAAGAAGGACAAGAAAGAAAAGAAGCAUGGAAAGAAUAAAGAGAGGAGCAAGAAGGCACAGAUCGCCAACGAUGCAAUCGAAGCGCACGAGAACGUGGACGACGCACCCGUUCCGAUCCCGGCCGGCGAAGGCCUAAUGCUGUCCAGUGCUGGAAGUGAAGCAGAGGGCUGGGAAGAGUUCUUGCGCUUGACUUGCCAGCACUGUGAGGUCGCGGCGACCUGUGCUCCGGCACAAGAUCUUCUGGAUUUUGUGAAGCGGAUAUGGGGACGCAUUCAGAGCUGCUCGUUGAACUGUUGGCCAGGGCUUCAAGCGGUUGCCACGGUGCACAAGCAAUUCACUGCUGCAGGCGUGAUUCAAGAAGAGCAUCAUCUUCCUGAUUGCUUGCCUAGCUGGCAAGCUGGAAGGGAGCGGGAUGGCAUGUCUCCAAUCCAGAGGCAGCGGAUCCGAUUCUGGCGACCGCUCUUCCCCUUCCCGCUACUGGGGGCGCAGCAACUACUGUACUCGCAGUUGCAUCCUGUGGAGCCCCGAACACUUUGCAGCCUACCUGACGCCGGGAUGUACAUUUCCCGCCGGUUCAUACCCAGAGGAGACCUCUGGGAAUCCAAGUGUGCUGUGAGGAGAAGCGAUGUGCAGCUGCUGACAACUUGUCGUAGUCGCAGAGAUCGUGGUGGCGAUUUGUUUCAGCAUGUCCUGCCGCCCGUUCAUGCCCAUCAGCUUAGGGUUGACAGCCCUGCUGCUUCUUCUUGGUCUCAAAGGUUUGAUGAGUUGCGGAGAGGCGAUCGCAGAUUGGCUGGAGGUAAAUGCCUCAACCACAUCAAUGAGACUUGUGUUUCUCCUGCAUCCUGUGGUUUUGAUCUGCGUCGCCCGUUUAUGCCACCUUGUCAGGCAGAAAAUGUUGACUUGAGCCAGCGUAGACAGAGCUUCUUUUCUUUGAGGUGUCCAAAUCUGAUCAAUGAGUCCGCGUGGUGGGGGUGGGAGGACGACACGGAAGGGUCAGAAGAUGAGGGCAACAUCGGCAACAUGAUUGACAUGAAAAAGUACCGGAUUCGAGCCUCGGACGGGGGCUGCCAAUCUCAGCGUGGUACCUGGAGCGCAGACGUUCAGGAUGCACUCAAGUGUGUGCUCGUUGUGAUUGCUGAGCGAUUUAGUUUCCGACCGGGCGAGCUACUUUUGGAGUGGGGAUCUGGCUGCGGAUUUGCCAUGUCUUGGGCCAAAGCAUACUAUGACGUGGAUUCUUUGGGGGUUGACAUCAUGCCAGCAGCUGCCUGGGCUGCAAAGUACAGCCUGGGCUUGAGCUGCGUGGCUGAUGGUCGCAAGCUACAGUGGAUCCCAAAUGGCCUCUUCGAUCAUGUGUUCUCUUAUGGGGCCUUGCGGCAUCUCAGUUUCGAGGAGCAGUGUGAAGUGGCACAUCAGCUUGUCCGCAAGCUUCGGAUCGGCGGCCGAGCCUUCAUCGGUUGGAAUCGCGCUAACCUGGUGGGGCCUUGGAAGUGGUACGAUUGCUUUCGGGCGGACAUUGGGUCGUUCGUGGAGCUGGAGGUGCUGGAGGAGGCGAACUUGUUUGUCGAAGACUCUUCGAAGAUCGCCGGCUCAAGCCAACUUACUUGGGAGUUUCCUUCGUAUGCUGUGCUGCUGAAGAAGGUGACGCGACCUCAAACGAUCUUGGUCUACUUCAAGUCCGGGAAGAUUGCAAAACAGAUGCGUCGCGAGCAGCGUAGGCUCAAGCGUGAGGAGCGGGAACGUUUCCGACAAGAGCAACAGGAGUUGGAGGCGGCUUUGGAAGCAGACCCAGGCCUGCAGGAUGCCAUUGACAGCCUGAUCGAGGGCGCGUGCAACUGGCGCGAGGCAGACGGAAAUCCGGGGAAGCUCGACGAAGCAAAGGAGCAAGGCCCGGCUCCUUUCCGCAGCUUGGAGGAGUUGGUUGCGCAGCUUGAUGAGCUGGAGAAAUCAGAAGGGUCAGGUGUGCCCAAGGCAAUUUCGGUUCCCCACGACCCUCUCAAUCCGCUCAAUGCAGCGUACGACAUGCGGGCGUACGAGAUGCUUCGGAAGCUGCGAUUGGACGAAGAACAUCAGAUGUCACAAGUUGCUGCAGAUGAGCCCGAGUGGGACCAUUUGGGCUACCUUCGCCGGUCUCCAUCUCCCUGCCGCUUGCGCACCAACGGGACAAUGUGGCCCACGAGAAAGGGUGCAUGGAGAAGCCGUGCAGGAGGAGUUUAUCUUCCUCCGGAGAUGGCAGAAGUGGAGAAAAGGGGAUCCCCGAGCUUGAGUCCCGCAAAGUGGAUGUAUCCAGAGGAGUUCAACCGGCCCUUGCGAGAAGCACGGCGAUCGCCUUCAUACACCCGCUAUGAUCGGGAGGAGAUCUCCUCUACAUCUUCCAGCUCUUCCAGCACUGCACCCAAGCGGCAACGCCGAAAGAAACGAAGGCUGCGCUCAAGCUCGCACGAGAGCCGACCCUCGCCUGACUAUGUCCUGGAGGGUUAG